AUGGAGGACACCGCCAUACUUACCUCGCCCAGCCUGCUCCUCCUCUGCGCUGCCUCCCUUCUGCUGCUAUUGCUGCUGAUCGGCCGACGACGCAGCCAUGGACGCCGGCCGCCCCCCGGCCCGCCGGCGCUGCCGUUCCUGGCCAAGUUCCUCCUGCUCCGGCGGUCCAUCUUCGACCUGGGCCCGCUCCUGGUGGGCCUCCACGCGCGUUACGGCCCCGUCAUCUCCAUCCGCCUCUUCCACCGCACCUACGUCUUCGUCGCCGACCGCGAGCUGGCCCACCGCGCGCUCGUCCAGGGCGGCGCUACCUUCGCCAGCCGCCCGCCGCCGCACGACCCUGGCCGUCUCUUCAACGCCGGCGGCCUCGACAUCAGCGCCUCCCCCUACGGCCCCUACUGGCGCAUCCUCCGCCGGAACCUCGCCGCCGAGGCCCUCAGCCCCGCCCGCGUUGCCUCCUUCGCGGCCGCCAGGAGGUCCACCUGCGACCGCCUCGUCUCCGAGCUCGCGGCGGCUGGGGCAGGGAGUACGGUGACUUUAAGGCCGCUGCUGCGGCGCGCCAUGUUCGGGCUGCUCGUGCGCAUGUGCUUCGGCGUGGAGCUCCGUCCGGAGGAGCUGGACGAAGUGGAGGACCUCCAGCGGCGCGCGCUCAGCGCCAUGACAGAGUUCCCUGUCUUCUCCUUCUUCCCGGCGCUCACCAAGCGGCUCUUCCACCGGCAAUGGGCUAAGCUCCUCGCCGUGCGCCGUAGGAAGGACGAGGUCUUCGGCCCACUCAUCCACGCAAACCGCAGCGUUAAUAUCUCCGGCAACGACAGUGAGUCUCCGCCGUUCUGCUACGCGGAGUCCCUCCUGGCCGUCCGCGUGGAGGAUGGGAGGCAGCUCACGGACGCCGAGAUGGUCAGCCUCUGCUCCGAGUUCUUAAACGGCGGGACGGACACCACGGUGACGUUGCUGGAGUGGAUCAUGGCGGAGCUCGUGAACCGCCCGGAGAUCCAAGCCAAGCUCUACCAGGAACUCCAAUCCAGGCCACCAGAGGAUCACAACUCGGGCGACCUUCAAUCCAUGCCGUACUUAAAGGCCGUGGUCCUCGAGGGCCUUCGGCUCCACCCGCCGGGCAGCUUCGUGCUCCCGCAUGGCGUCCAGCAGCACCUUAGCCCCGGCGCCGUCGCGGAGAUCGGGGGCUACACUGUCCCCAAGGGCGCCGCGGUCAACUUCCUCGUGGCCGAGAUCGGGCGCGACGAGGCGACGUGGACGGCGGCGAGGAAGUUCCGCCCCGAGAGGUUCAUGCCCGGCGGCGAGGGCCACGGCGUGGACGUCACCGGGAGCAGGGAGAUCAAGAUGAUGCCGUUCGGCGCCGGCCGGAGGGCGUGCCCCGGGUACGCGCUGGGGAUCCACCACGCCGAGUACUUCGUUGCCAGGAUGGUCGGGGAGCUCCAGUGGCUGCCAGAGACGGAAGGGAAGGCGGUGGAUAUGGCGGAGAAGCUGGACUUCACCACCGUCAUGAAGCAUCCGCUCCGUGCACGCGUCGUCCCCAGAAGCUAAUUAAACAAGUUCAUUGAUACGUACCCCUACGUACAUACAACCCACAAAAUAAUCACAACGUCCAGAAUGCUAGUAUCCCGAUCGUUACAGCGAACGUGCGCAAUCAAAUUAUUCAACUUGAUGUAUAAAGUCAGAAACUUAAUUAGAAGCAUAUAUAAGGAAGGUUUGCUUCGGCAGAAUCCUUGAAAAUAAAAUCUGCGGAUUUCUAUGUAAUCAAUGAUCAAGAUUAAGAAUAGGCUUUUUAAGUUACAAAA